UCCCGCCGCCGCUGCCGCUGGAGAAAGGGAGUGACUAGUGACUGGCUGCAGGGGGCUGGCGAGAGAAGGGCCAGGAUGGCUUAGAAGCCUCUGCCCGCAGGACCCCACGGCAGGGAGAGGCUCUAGGCAGAGUCCAAGGCUACCCUGAUGGCUGGGGCUGGCGGGAGCCCUCAGGGGCCCUGAACGCCCCCUGCACCGCCUCUGAGGGACACCCCAGAAGUUAGCGUCAGUGGGACUCGGAAGCUCGGAUCUCAACAACCAUGGCUGGCGAUUCUAGGAACGCCAUGAACCAGGACAUGGAGAUUGGAGUCACUACCAGGGACCCGAAGAAGAUUCCCAAACAGGCCCGCGAUUAUAUCCCCAUCGCCACCGACCGCACACGCCUGCUGGUGGAAGGCAGGAGGCCCCGCCAGCGCUACAUGGAGAAGAGCGGCAAGUGCAACGUGCACCACGGCAACGUCCAGGAGACCUACCGCUACCUGAGCGACCUCUUCACCACCCUGGUGGACCUCAAGUGGCGCUUCAACCUGCUUGUCUUCACCAUGGUCUACACCGUCACCUGGCUCUUCUUCGGCUUCAUCUGGUGGCUCAUUGCUUACAUCCGGGGUGACCUGGACCACGUCGGGGACCAGGAGUGGAUUCCCUGUGUUGAAAACCUCAGCGGCUUCGUGUCAGCCUUCCUGUUCUCCAUCGAGACCGAGACCACCAUUGGAUAUGGCUUCCGGGUGAUCACAGAGAAGUGUCCGGAGGGCAUCAUCCUCCUCCUGGUCCAGGCCAUCCUCGGCUCCAUCGUCAACGCCUUCAUGGUGGGCUGCAUGUUCGUGAAGAUCAGCCAGCCCAAGAAGAGAGCCGAGACCCUCAUGUUCUCCAACCACGCUGUCAUCUCCCUGCGGGACGAGAAGCUCUGCCUUAUGUUCCGGGUGGGCGACCUCCGCAACUCCCACAUCGUGGAGGCCUCCAUCCGCGCCAAGCUCAUCAAGUCCCGGCAGACCAAGGAGGGGGAGUUCAUCCCCCUGAACCAGACCGACAUCAACGUGGGCUUCGACACGGGGGAUGACCGCCUCUUCCUCGUGUCCCCGCUCAUCAUCUCUCACGAGAUCAAUGAGAAGAGCCCUUUCUGGGAGAUGUCGCGGGCCCAGCUGAACCAGGAGGAGUUUGAGGUCGUGGUCAUCCUAGAAGGGAUGGUGGAGGCGACAGGCAUGACUUGCCAAGCACGGAGCUCCUACAUGGAUACAGAGGUUCUCUGGGGCCACCGGUUCACACCAGUCCUCACCUUGGAGAAGGGCUUCUACGAGGUGGACUACAACACCUUCCAUGACACCUAUGAGACCAACACGCCCAGCUGCUGCGCCAAGGAGCUGGCGGAGAUGAGGCGGGAGGGCCGGCUCCUGCAGUACCUCCCCAGCGCCCCGCUGCCCGGAGGCGGUGCUGGAGCCGAGCUGGAGCCCGAGGCUGAGCAGGACGGAGAGGACGAGCCCGAGGGGCUGAGUGGGUCCCGGGAGCCCAGGGGCUCAGUGUGAGGACAGCACCCCCGCCCCACGACCUCCCCUCACUGGCUUCUCAUGACCACAGACGCUGCAGGGCUGGGGUGCGGGGUGCUGAAUGCGCUGCUGGGAGGGGAGGCCAGGCGCCGCUGAGGCUCCGCAGGGAGGAACGGUGUCCCUGGUCCCGGAGCCCACCCGCUCAGGGCCUCCCCGAGCAGGUGGCCCUGGCCUGGGCCAUCUUGGCGGUGCUGCCUCUGGCCUCCCGGCCUCCGCCGGCGCUGGCUAAGGGCCAGGCCAGGAAGGGUUUCCCCGCAACGGAACGCGCAGGUGGCCUCUCCUCUCACCCCUCUCUCUGCCAGCUGGCCGGGAUCACCUUUCUCCUUGUCGCUUCGCAGACCCACCGGCAGCCCCUCCACGGCUGGCACCUACAGAGGGCUAUCGCCCCUCCCCUCAUUCCACCACCCUGGGGCUUGCUGAGGAUUCAGGGCGGAGAGGUUCUGCCUGCCUGGGCUCUGGGGUGGCAGGAGGCUCACAGGCCUCACGGGUUACGGUCCAUCCAAGUCUGUAGCUAUGGAGAACGAGGCCCGGCCCAUCCCUGUCACCACCUGUGAAGUGUAUGUUUCCCCUGCUGGGUUCCGAGCGUGGCCUCAGGAUCAGUGAUCUCCUUAGGGUGACUCUCGGCAGAGUGCGUCCGGCCCACGUGGAGUUCCGUCACCCCAACCACAUCGAGCCCACACCUCCCCCAAAAGGAGAACCCCAGCAGUCAGAGCUUUGCUAGAACUUUGGGCCCAAGAGUCUCAAAGCACUUCUAAGCUUCGCUGUGGUUUCCUUCACAAUCUCAGAGAUUUGUGGCGUGAUCCGGGGAGCAGGCUGUGCUCGGAGGACAAGAGGAGCCCGGUGAUGCUGAAGCGGGGCGGCGGGGGAGAAGCACAGAGAGGGGCAGCAUUUGGAAUUUUAACAUAAGCAUCAGCUGUAGGUGUGGCCGGGAGACCUGACUUCAGUCCUUGUCACCAGGUGACUGUGGAUGAGAAGCUAAGUGCGGGGUGACUGCGGUGGCAGCAUCACCUUCCAGCCCAGGUGCUGAAGAGACCCCUGGAUGUCCCCAAGGCAGCUGGGCCAGGAGAGCAGGGAUGGUGGCUUCAGUGGGGGAGGGAGGGCCACCACCCUCGCCUUGCCAACGUGGAGACUCAGGGAGGGGGUGAACGUUAAGAGAGAGAUGAGUGGAGAAAAGGCUUCAAAAACACCACUGCAGAGGCCCUUCCUUUCCAGUCCAGAGGAUGAGGACAUACAAACGGUGUGGAUGUCACAGAAAGGCGAACGUACAGCAUGUGUUGAGGCUGACCUAGACCCGGAGAGCGAUGUCAGGCGUCCCGGCCACAGAGCUGGGGAGGCCUCCCACACAACUGCACAGCUCCCCGCUGGCCUUUGGAAAGGGAAGCUCGCUCUUGCCCCAGACGCGAGCACCUCCCUGGGAGUGAGAGCAGCACGUUAUGGCAGAGCCAAGGGGACUGCGUUGGGAUCUCAGGCCCGUUCCCCUCGGGCUGGGUCUUCCAGGUCCUGGCGCUGGAGGGAAGAGGAGGCCGGAGCAGCCUGGUGCCUGGGCGCCCACGGGCUGGAUCUGGCGAGAAGGGCGCUGGAAGCAGUGAGUCAGAGGGGUCUUCCUGACGGAGGGACGAUGCUGAGUCCUGGCUCUGGGCAUCCACCUGGGCUGAAGCAGGCCUUGCAGGGAACGGGGAAAGAGCUGGAAUCCUGCCCUCUGAGGAAGGGGAAGCGGGCGGCGGGAAGUGCUUGCAAUCAGGACUUGAAGGCAGGGACCCAUCACUAAGACUGGAUACCUUAUGACUGGAACUGGCAGGUGGGGGCCACUCCUCACCCCAGGCCUGCCAGACCCGAGGCUUGUACUGCACGACUCUUUCCUCGGCCCCAUCCCACCCCCCCACCC